GUGGCUGUGGAUUAAUGAGUUCAUAUUAUUUUAUUUUCUCCUGAGAUUAUUGGCUCAUAAUAUCUGAAAAAUAAGAAAACACCCUGUCUGCUUGCCUCGGUCAUGGAGAACCAAGCAGCCGAGGCGCAGCUGAGCUAUGAAGAUGUGCAGAAGAGCGGCUAUCUCCGCAAGCACAAAUCAAUGCACCGGCGCUUCUUCGUGCUGAGGGCGGCCUCGGAGCACGGUCCCGCUCGGCUCGAAUAUUACGAGAACGAGAAGAAAUUCCGCAGUAAAUCACCCGUGCCCAAAAAAGUGCUGAACCUGGAGACCUGCUUCAACAUCAACAAGCGGGCAGACUCAAAGAACAAGCACAUGAUCGUGCUGUACACCCGCAGCGAGAGCUUCGCUGUGGCUGCGGACAGCGAGGAGGCGCAGAAUGAGUGGUACCAAGCCAUGCUGGACCUUCAGUGCAACUGUAAAACUCCUGAAGAUUAUGGCAGUAGUGGGGAGUGUAGCUCUCCGUCUCCCAUACCAACUUUCAAGGAAGUGUGGCAGGUCAAGGUUUGGCCUAAAGGUCUUGGACAUGCCAGGAACUUAGUGGGCAUCUACCGGCUGUGCCUAACUGACAAAACAGUCAACUUUGUCAAAAUUAACUCUGAUGUAGCUUCUGUGGUGUUGCAACUGAUGAAUGUCCGCAGAUGUGGCCAUUCAGAGAACUUUUUCUUCAUUGAGGUGGGUCGCUCAGCGAUUACUGGUCCAGGAGAGUUCUGGAUGCAGGUGGACGACUCAGUAGUGGCUCAGAACAUGCACGAGACCCUGCUGGAGGCCAUGAAAGCCCUGAGUGAGGAGUUCCGUCAGCGCAGUAAAUCUCAGUCUGUGGGAACGUCAUGUGGAGGCGGUACUGCCUCAAACCCCAUUAGUGUCCCAAGCCGUCGCCAUCAUCCAAAUCUGCUGCCAAGCCAGGUGGGAUUCACCAGGCGAGCUCGCACAGAAACACCUGGAACUGGAGGAAGCAGCACGAGCACUUCACCGACGUCACGCCAUGGCUUUCCAAGGGCACGGACGGCCAGCAUUGGGGCCAGGUCUGAGGAGGGCGGAGCAAGUGCCAGAGGGACAUGGGCCAGCUCCAGUCCAAGUCUUAAUGGAUCCUGCUCAACUACGCCAACGCUGAGACCCAAACCCACCAGGGCUCCAACUCCUGCUAAGAUUACACUCAGCCUUGCACGUUACACACCUAACCCUGCUCCCUCUCCUGCACCGAGUCUGUCCUCCAGUUCUGGUCAUGGCUCAGAGUGUGGCCUCGUGGGGGCAGCGGUUGGAGGAAUGAUGGUCUGCUCUUACCCUCGUGUUUCUCAGAGAGUUUCUGUUUCAGGUUCACCAAGUGACUAUGGGUCUUCAGAUGAGUACGGUUCAAGUCCCGGGGAACACUCCCUGCUUGUGCCAAGUCUGUCUGGACACCAUGCACAUGGAGAAGGCUCCUCCAGCUAUAUAGUCAUGGGACAGCGAGAGGGUCUCCUUGGUUCCCAUCAUCGCUCCAAAGGCAGACGGAUUCUGCGGCGGGCGUCGAGUCGGGAAUCUGAAGCAGAACGCAGACUGUUAAGUAAGAGGGCUUCCCUGCCUUUGGCAGCCCAUGAGCAACUGACCCCACAUAGAAAAGAUGAAGAUGAUGAGGACGAUGAAGAAUAUGCCAUCAUGUCACAGAAUACUAACAGGGAGAUUGGUAAGAAUAGGACGGUUGAAAAAAGCAGGGCAGAAGUGGCUGCAGGAGCAGCUGUGGACAGUGGUUACAUGUCAAUGCUGCCUGGAGUGACAUCUCCUCCUGUUUCACUUCCUCUGUCAAUAGGUAUGUCCGAUACCGCAGCCAAACCUGGGGCAGAUGAUGAGUACAUGGCCAUGACCCCUAACAACAGUGUUUCCCCUCCUCAGCACAUCCGUCAGCCCAGUACAGAGGGCUAUAUGGUCAUGUCUCCCAACAGCAGCAGCUCCACAGACCUGCAUCGUCUGGGCAUGUGGGACAGCAGGGCCAGUAUAGAGAGUCGGGCUGCUAGUGACUACAUGAACAUCUCACCUGUCAGCAGUCGCUCUGCCUGCAGCACACCGCCCUCCCACCCCGAGCAGCACCAGCUGCAACCAAAAAUGUUCAAUUCUUACUUCUCCCUGCCACGAGCUUAUCAGCACACUCUCUACACCCGCUUUGAGGAGGACUUCAACAAAGGGGAGGGAAAAAAGGACAGCAGUGGGGAUGAUGGUGCUGGAAGGGGAGGGGGAGUGGUAUACAGCAAGAGGAACAAAACUGCAGCGGGCUCUGCAGGAGGCUGCCAACUCUCCAUGUCUUCCUCUUCUUUCUCCUCCAGCUCAGCAAGUAGUGAAAGCCUAGAAGACAAGUCCAUAUCAGCAGGGAGAGGGUUAAGUUUAUUAAGAACUGGCGCAGAUUAUAAGAGUGCAGGAAUGUCCACAAAAGAUGGACGCCACCAUCAGAAACGUGGAUCGAGCAGUAAGAGCCCAAAGCAGCAAAGAAAGGGUCGCCCCCUCAGCAUGUCUGCAGACAUCACGAAAGCUAACACCUUGCCCAGGGUGAAGGAGAAUCUGCCGUCAUCCGUGUCUCAAAAUGUUGGUGAGUAUGUCAGUAUUGUGUUCGAAGAUGAUAAGUACAAUGGAGGACGACGUGCUGGGUCUCAACAUGGACAACCAGUGAUCCAUGGAACUCUACGACCCUUGAAUCAGUCACUUCUCUGCCACAGCGAUCCCAAUAACCUUCCUCGCAGCUUCUCUGUACCACUGUCCACCUCUGCAGAAUACGUCAGCAUGGAUUUAGGGAAGUCUGCAACACCCCCGACUCCUGUUAGGUCCAAAUUCAGCACCCCACAGGGCCCACCAGCUGUUAUUCCCAAGGCCCAACACGAACACAGCACAUCUUCUCCACUAGCAGCAGAGGGUAACACUGGGUACAGAACAAAAGUAAAGAUGGCAGCAAUACCAACAGACGCCUCGGCUGAAUUUACAGACAACAAAGGUUCAGAUCCCAGCAUCUCAGCAAGACCUGCCGUCCACUCGGCUCAACCCUCAUCUGCAGAGCAGCAGACAGGUUUGGGAUUUUCUCCAGUCAAGUCCUUCCAGUCUCCUGAGCGGAAAAGCAGACUGGUCCGUGGUGACCAGCAGGGACGGCGCAGCCACCGCUCAGAGACUUUUAACUCACCUCCCUCCUUGCCACGCCACCCUCCCUCCUCUACCUCCCUCUUCACAGAGGGCAGCCAGGCAGAAAGCCAUCGGCACGGCUUGGACUGCUCACUGUGGGAGAACGAGCAGUCUGCUGGUUUGUCUGCUACACCCCCACCACAAGCCUCCACCUCAUCUAGUGAACAAGGCCUUAACUACAUUGACCUUGACUUAGCCAUUAAGGAGAGUCCUCAAGCUGGAGUGGAACGCACCUCUGCUACCUACAACAUCGGAGGAAGCGCUAUGGGUAGCAGUGCUGCCUCCGGCCUCAACACGUAUGCCAGUAUUGAUUUCUACAAGUCAGAAGAACUGAGAGCACACCAGAGCAGUAGGAAGGAUGGACAAGAUUGUUGAUCUUUGUUCUUGUCUUGGAUCCGAGUGUGACGCCAGUGUGACAGCUCCACACUCUGAUCUGUGUUCACAACAGAGCUGGACGCUGGAGUCGAACCACGGGACACACAUCCUCAUCCCUUCUGCUGUUUUCAACCAAAUGUGUGCCAAACACACACUCACUCACACACACACACACACACACACACACCCAUG